CACACGAAUACACACAUAAGUUGCCAUAGUCACAUUCUGGGACUUCAUAUAGUCUCGGAUUCCUUUCAAGAGACUGUAAUCAACAUCUGAACCGUAUACUUCAUCCCAAACAGCUUCUAUCUCCAACUCAGGGGUUUUUAGGAACAGGUACACACACGCACUCACACUCGCACACUACCUGGCGCAGUGAAUGACCGACGUCACAACCAGUUUCCAAUGGCACAUGAGGAAUGAGGAAGAGGAGUCAUCAAUGGGACAGAGAGAAUACAGCCCUCACUAAGCAUAAAGUCGUGUGAGAGUAAGUCACUGAUACACCAGGUGUCAACCAUCACUGGAGACAGGGGGGAUGUCGCGCUGCUGUGCUGGAGGCUGGUGCGCCGGGUUCGUGGACCGAUACCGCUCUGCGCUGAACUUCGCGCUGCUGGUUACCGGCUACACCUUCUACCUGAUCGUCGGCGCCGGGAUCUUCUCCACCAUCGAGCUGCCCUACGAGCUGGAGCUCCGGGGCCAGCUGCAGGAGGCCCGCCAGGAGUUCCUGCGCAACAACACCUGUGUGUCCGACGCGCGCCUGGAAGAGCUACUGGUCCGAGCGCUGGAAGCAAGUAACUAUGGCGUCUCGGUCCUGGGGAACGAAAGCGACCGCAACUGGGACUUCGCGUCCUCGUUUUUUUUUACCAGCACCGUGCUGACCACAACAGGUUAUGGUCACAACGUUCCUCUCUCAGAUGAAGGGAAGGCCUUCUGCAUCUUCUACUCCAUCUUCGGCAUCCCCUUCACCCUCUUCUUCCUCUCCGCCGUGGUGCAGAGGAUCAUGGUCGUGGUGACACAACGUCCGGUGUCCUACUUCCACCGCCGUUGGGCCAUGUCUAAAUCGAAGCUUGCCUUGAUCCACGCCACCUGCCUCACCAUCUUGAUGACCCUGCUGUUCCUCAUCAUCCCGGCGUGGAUCUUCAUCAGCCUGGAGAAAGACUGGAACUUUCUGGAGUCUCUGUAUUUCUGUUUCAUCUCUCUGACAACCAUUGGCCUCGGAGAUUAUGUCCCUGGAGAGACUCACAGUAAAGAGGCCAACCCACACCCGCAGCUAUACAGGCUGACUAUUACAGUCUACUUGCUGCUGGGCCUGGUGUCUGCCCUGGUGGUGCUGGAGACAUGCUGCGAGCUCCCACAGAUGAGACGCCUCCGACAGAGGUUCUACCAAGAGAGUGUUCGGGAGCUGGACUCCGAGACCACCAACAUCAUCGACCGGGAACACAAGAUCGACCAGCUACGUGGCGUCACGGAUCAUGUGACAGAUACUCUACCGGUCAUCUCCUCUGUGUCCGAGCAGGCUGCAUCUUUACGACAACUCAGCAAGUCAGCCCCUUACAUCCCAGUGUCGCCUGAUAACAGAAAACUGAGAUGACAGUUUAAGGGACUGGUGUAUGAAUUAUUGCCACAUAUUUUGCUGCUCGGGACAUUCCAGCAAUGACCUCAAUCUUUAUACAGACUCAGGCCAUUGCUUGUGCCAUUUAAUUGCUUAAAAAGUGAUUGCUUUCUGCAGUUGCCAACAUCAACACGCAUUUGUGUAGCAGCAGGAACCGCCCACAGAUUAUCAGGAUGCCGUUGUUUUCUUGUUCUCCCCUGCUGCUCCCAUUCCCUGCAGAUAAGACCUGGAUCUGUGACACAGAGGAAGGGCCGGGCCCCCGAACGGAGGGAAACCCCACGAGUUUCCACUUCCUGCCAAGGUCUUGAGGCAGUAAUUCCAGCACAGCACAGGAUUUCACACUCCCUUUUUGCACAGUGUAUAAUCUACAGCGGUAUUUGCAUAGGAAAUUUGCCUUGAAGUGAAACAAGCAGAACGAGGCACAGCAUCACUUUGGGUAUUGUACAUUAUAUGGAAGAAUUCCGAGUAAAAGAUCAAAUAAGGGCUAGGACGUAUACAUUCCUUUUUUCUAAAUGCUCACAGGUGAGGAUUGGCCUUCAGCACCAGAUGGCAUGUUUACAUUGUGGUGUUUACACUGAAACAUGUUCCCUGUGGCCACUAGAGGGCAGCACUUUCCUGUUGUAUACAAAACGGUGUUAUUGAAGAAUACAAUUAAGGUGCAAGAAUAAGAGUAGUAGUAGUUUUUGAUAAAAAUUAUAAUUUGUCAAAGUUGUCUCGAAGCUAAAGUGAAUGUAAAUGAUAUGGUGGCGGAUGUUUUGAUGCCUUUAAUUUAAUUUUUUUUUAUUUUAUAUUUGCACAUCAGCUUAAAGAAGGAUAUGACUUGUGCUUCAGGAUUUUUGCUGCUGUUUUAAGUUGUAAUUUUAAGUUUAUGGGUUUUAGCAUGAAGAGCAGAACUUUCUAUCCCUCUGGAUGAGGUAUGGAAAGUUAACGCAGCAUUAAACAUGAUAUAAUUUCCCCAACAAACAA